GGGUUGAGGAUCUACACAAGAUCUGACGACGAGUAGCAGCAUGGCGGCGGCUAGUAGUGCUCCGGUGCUUCUGAUAAUGCUCAUCGCCGCCGCAACUGCCGGCAGCGGUUUGGCUGAUGGUGUGGAGCCGAGUCAUAGUUCGGUUCCGUUCAACCGGAGCAGUUUCCCGCCGGGUUUUGUGUUCGGAGCUGGCUCUGCCGCUUACCAGUUGGAAGGAGCAGCAAGUAUAGAUGGAAGAGGUCCAAGUAUUUGGGAUACUUUCAUUAAGAACCACCCAGAAAAAAUAUGGGACCAUAAAAAUGGAGAAGUGGCUACCGAUUUUUACCAUCGUUAUAAGGAGGAUAUACAAUUGAUGAAAAAGAUUGGGUUGGACUCUUUCAGAUUCUCCAUCUCUUGGUCAAGGAUCCUGCCCAAGGGAAACCUUCGUGGAGGAGUGAAUCCACUUGGCGUCAAAUUCUACAAUAAUGUCAUCAAUGAGCUCCUCGCCAAUGGAAUAAUACCAUACGUCACUCUCUUUCAUUGGGAUCUUCCUCAAGCACUCGAAGAUGAGUAUAAUGGAUUUCGAAGCGCUAAAGUUGUGAAUGAUUUUCGGGAAUACGCGGACUUAUGCUUCAAAUUAUUUGGCGAUCGGGUCAAGUAUUGGACAACCCUUAACGAACCAUAUUCGUUUACCGUUUUUGGGUACAACGGCGGCACUUUCGCUCCUGGAAGAUGCUCCAACUACGUCGGAAAUUGCACCGCCGGCAACUCCGGCACCGAGCCCUACAUCGUCGCCCACAAUCUCCUCCUCUCCCACGCCGCUGCCGUCAAAGUCUACAGGACAAAGUACCAGGCAAAGCAGAAGGGGCAGAUUGGAAUUACAUUGGUGACUCACUGGUUUAGGGCCAAACGCAACACGGCAGCUUCCCAAGCGGCGGUGUAUCGAGCUCUUGAUUUCUUCUUGGGAUGGUUUCUGCAUCCGAUUACUUAUGGCGACUACCCGAAAUCGAUGCACCAGUACGUCGGAAAUAGGCUGCCGAAAUUCUCCGUGGCAGAGUCACAAAGCAUUAAAGGAUCAAUGGAUUUUCUUGGAAUGAAUUACUACACUGGAAAUUUCGUUGACGAUAUACCUUUCUCGAAUUCGCCUAACAUAAGCUACAGUUCUGAUAUGCACAUCUCCCUCUCGACGGAUAAUGAUGGUGUUCUAAUUGGACCUGCGACUAGUUUGAACUGGCUUUACAUCUACCCAGAAGGCAUUCAUCUACUUUUGAAAUACAUUAAAGAAGAAUACAAAGAUCCAGUUAUUUACAUCACCGAGAAUGGUAUGGCUUAUUCAGACAAUACGACACUGCCAAUUAAGGAAGCUCUGAAAGAUGGAACAAGGAUCAGAUACCACUACGCCCAUCUUGAAGCUAUUCUCCAAGCUAUUAAGGAAGGAGUGAAUGUGAAGGGAUACUACGCCUGGACUCUUAUGGAUGACUUUGAAUGGGACGCAGGCUACACGGUGCGAUUCGGCCUCAUCUACGUCGAUUUCAGGCACAAAUUGGGAAGGUACCUCAAGUAUUCUGCUUACUGGUUGAAGAGGUUCCUUCUUCAUUGAGCUUUGCUGUAGAAUCUCUCCCACUUGCUGUAGCUUCUUCCCCAAUGGAACCACUAAUGAAUAAGGAGGGGAGGGGAGUGGAGUGGAGUGGGUGUCAUGAGAAACGUUUGUGUUUCAUUUGUGUCGGGAAUCUCUUUCCUUUUGCAGUUUGUGUGAUAUUUCUCAAUAAAAGGUUUAGAAUGUUGAAUGUAGAAGUGUUUAUGAAUCGAGUUGAAGUAGUUCAAACCAUAUUCAUGGGCUCUUUAGUUCUUUUAAGCCAGCUUUGGAAGAAAGAGACCAAUGUGGUGAGAGAGAUACCACUUUUCCAAUUAUGAUUAAAGUGGGUGAACCAAUUCUGUUGCUUUGA